GCGCCGGUUUGACAGGUGACAGAAAUCAAAAUAUUUUGGUUGUGGGGACAGUGUUUUUGGCUUUUUUUGCGAAUCAUGGAGGGUUUGGUGGAUGGUGGGGCGCUGUGGGACGACGGGGGGUUUUUGGUGACUUUUAUUUUUCGGUGAAGAAAAUGGAUGUGUUUCACUCACCUGAGUUUGAUCAUUUCCUCAACCAGAAGGAUUUCCGGUGCGCUAAAUUCAACCUCGUCACUAGAUCGACCAUUCUCUACGUAACUGCGCUUCUGAUUUACCAGACGGUGAUUUGGGUGAAACUCGGCUCGCGUGACCUCAACAUCUACAGUCUCUUCUUCGCCUUUUUUCCGUACCACUUAUCCUACGUGUUCACCGUGGUCCUAGAACUCAUGUACUGGCACUUGGUCUACGCCAUCAAAAUCAGAAUGGACACUAUAAACCACAAGUUGGCAAAAUUUACCGAAAACGAACUGUCACUAGAAAACGAAAAGAAAAUCAGCAGUGUGGACGCACUAAACGCGGAACUGUUUAAAGUCAAACAAUCCACUCUAAUUUUCCGAAUUAGAAACAUCACUAGGGGCUAUUUACACCUAACUGCAGCCAAAAAUUCGGUCAAUCAGUGCUACGGUUUUAUCAUUUUGGUUGUUGUUUUAGGGUGCUUUCUUCACUUAUUAGUGACUCCGUAUUUGCUUCGUUCGAUUAUAUCUACCGCUAGUGAGAGCGAGCUUUUCAUUAUAUCUCAAUCAAUAUGGAUGAUGGGGCAUGUUUUGAGGUUAUUUUUGAUAGUGGAGCCGUGUGAUGGUUGCUUCGUGCAGGUACCAUAUAUUCAUGAAAGUUCCAAUUCACAACAAACAUUCCAGUGUAAAAAUUCCUCACUGAUUAUUUGCAACCUACUGUGCUCUGACUUAGACCGAGAGGUUAAAAAGUCGUUGAAGCUUCUUCUGCUGUGUUUGUCUCAGUGUGAACUUGACUUUACGGCUUUUGGCUUGACGAGGAUCCACAGAAGAAUUCUGACUGCGAUUGCGGGAGCUGUCACUACGUAUUUGGUGAUUUUGUUCCAAUUUAAUUAAUGUUUUGAAGUAUCCAGGCAGUAUUAUCGACGCCGCUUGUUGUCUAUUAAGUGUAAUUAUUAUGAUAUUGUGUAAUAAAUUAUUCAGCUUC